AUGGCAGGACGUACAUACGACAAUUUCAAAGAACAAUGCAGUGAUCAUAUAUCCAAUCUUGGAUAUCCAACAAUUUACAUGGCUAAAUUUAAAGAUAAGGACUAUAUCCUUAAAUGUUUGUUAAGACAGAUGUUUAUAUAUCAUAUUCAUGCAGAAAUGGAACAAUUUUUCUCUGGAAUGGAUUUUGUUGGUGGUCUUGGAGAUUUAACAAAAGGGAAUUCUAAUGUUUUUAAAGAUGUACUUGGUAUCAAAGUGUCUCCUCUAAUUUUAACAGAGUUUACAUCUUUGUACAAAAUUGAAUUUUCAGAGGAAGGAUCUAAUAAAAGAAGGCAAGAAAACAACACAAUUUAUUAUUAUAAAAUAUAUUUACAGGACUUGUUCGAAGGUAAAAUAAAUGAUUUGAUAUUGGAGAACCUCCUAGCAUUUAUUACAGGAGCUGACAAAGUCCCACCUCUUGGAUUCCCAAAACCAAUCACAUUAAAUUUUUAUGAUUUUACAGAUAAUGUAAAACGAUCACCAUUUUCCUCUACAUGUUCAUUAACAAUGAGUUUGCCCAGAGCUUGUAAAGAUGACUCAGAGUUUGCAGAACUGCUUUCAAGAUCAAUGUUAGAUAGCGUUGGUUUUGGAAAGUGUUAAGACUAUAUAUUGCGUAUCUUCAUCUUUUGUUAUUGUUGGUAAUUUUUGUUUUAUACCAAGUUUCAUAGAAUC